AUGUCUACUUCCUUGAAGCAUGCCCUGGGCUUUCUAGACUUUGUUAACGCCUCUCCCACACCUUAUCAUGUCGUUGAUACUGUGAAAAAUCGGCUCGUUCAAGCAGGUUUCACUGAACUCUCUGAAAGGGUCAAUUGGGUAGGCCAGUUGAAGAAAGAUUCUAAGUACUUUGUCACCAGAAAUACCUCUUCCAUUAUUGCUUUUACCGUCGGUGGCAUGUAUGAGCCAGGUAAUGGAAUUUCGAUAGUUGGAGGUCAUACUGAUUCGCCUGCUCUUAGAGUCAAGCCUAUCUCCAACAUCUCGAAGGAAGGUUACAAAGAGGUUGGUAUCGAGACUUAUGGUGGGGGUAUAUGGCAUACCUGGUUUGAUAGAGAUCUUUCCAUUGCUGGGAGAGUUUUUGUCACAGACCCGAAGACUGGUAACUGUGUUUCUAAGUUGAUCAAGAUCGAUAAACCAUUGCUAAGAAUUCCCACUCUCGCUAUCCAUUUGGACAAGGAGAGGGCUAAAUUUGAGUUUAAUAAGGAGACACAAUUCCGUCCAAUUGCUGGUUUGGAGAAAGCAGAAGAUGCUAAGAAGGAAUCAAAAGAAACUGAUGAUGUCUCUGCUGAGUUCCAAUCUAUCAAAUCUGUCGUGGAGAGACACAACAAGGAUAUGAUCAACUUGAUUUCGUCUAAACUUGACGUCACUCCAGAGCAGAUUGAAGAUUUUGAGUUAAUCCUCUACGACACUCAGAAAUCCUGUCUCGGAGGACUCAACGAUGAGUUUAUUUUCUCUCCAAGAUUGGAUAACCAAGUGACCUGCUAUUGCUCGAUCGAAGGUAUCAUUGAGUCUAGCGUUUCGAACCAACUCUCCAACCAAUCAGGAAUUCAGAUGGUCUCGUUGUUUGAUCAUGAAGAAAUUGGUUCGCUCACUGCACAAGGUGCCAAUUCAUCGUUUCUACCUGACAUCUUGCAUAGAAUCACAAAACUUACCUUUAAUCCAGAUGUCGACCUCUGCUCAGAAUUACCAUCGUCCUACUUCUGGACUGCCAUGGCCAAGUCGUUUGUUAUCUCUUCAGAUAUGGCUCAUGGUGUGCAUCCAAACUACUCGGAAAAGUACGAAGCACUCAACCGUCCAAAGCUUAACGAUGGUCCUGUCAUUAAGAUCAAUGCCAACCAGAGAUACGUAACUAACUCGGCCGGAAUCGUUCUUUUGAAGAAGAUUGGAGCCUUAUCAAAGACUCCACUUCAGUUAUUUGUUAUCCGUAAUGAUUCUCCUUGCGGUUCUACCAUUGGUCCUAUGGUGGCUGCUAAGUUAGGUAUCAGAACGUUAGACAUCGGUAAUCCUCAACUAAGUAUGCAUUCCAUCAGAGAGACAUGUGGUUCUGCAGAUAUUGAGAAGUUAGUCAAUUUGUUUGACGCUUACUUUGAGAACUAUAGUACUGUCGGGCCAACGAUUUUGGUUCAGUAA